ACACACAGCCGUUUCCUUCGCAACCCAAUCCACAGCAACCCAAACGGCAGCUUCCUCUUCAUUGCAACCGACGACACAUAGCCGUUUCCUUCGCUCCCUCGCUGCCGGAGCAUAAUUGCGGAAGAGUAUAGCAACCGCGACAAGUUUCGUAACGGGCUUCACAGUCUCAACGAACUUAGCCCAAUCAAUUGAGAUUUUAGAGCAUUGGAAGGUUUCUCUUGAGCAAAUUCUAAGAAAUUCGAUCACACAUGUUGGUGGAUGAGUGGAUCUGUUGAUCUCUAUAAUGCCGUUGAAAAUGGGCAACUGAAAUCUCUCCUGAGCAAAGAAUGAUCCUGAAUGACACUGAUGGUUUGCUAGAGUUACAAAGUACUUGAUUUAACAUCCUGAGCAAAGUACUUGAUUUAACUGAAAUCUCUCGUCAGCAAAGAAUGAUCCUGGAUGACACUGAUGAUUUAACAAAGUACUUGAUUUAACUGAAAUCUCUCCUGAGCAAAGAAUGAUCCCGGAACACAAAGUACUUUAUUUCUUAUACUUAGUCCUUUUUCCAGUCAUUUGAAAAUGUCAGAGCAUUGUGAAGAAGUCCAAGUCAUUUUUAAUGAAGAGUCACUAAUGCUUCUGUAAGCUGGCAUUAAAUGGGCAUACUGUGAUGGAGUCAUCUCAUAAUUAUUAGGCAUUGACGCUUUGUUAGUUGCUUUUGCCAAGAUGACCUUAUUUGGGAAGUGUGCAACACAUGUUAUCACUACUUUUGAAAAAUUAAGGCUGAUGCACUACCUUGCAGAAAACAUUUGCCCUCGAGAUCACGUUUGAAGAAGAAAGAAGUGAGCGAUCAGGUGACCAGUUAAUCUGAAAUAAUAUUCUUGGGAGCAGGGACGAGUGAAGGAAUUCCCCGAGUUAGCUGCCUCACACAACGUUGUUUGGUUCUUCUACCAUAGUGCCUUGAGAUGGUUUCCUCUUUUUGGGGCUCAUACUCAUUCCACCAGGAUUGCUUGAAAGUCAUCUACAGCCAUGGACGCGAUUCCUUUAAGCUUUAGAGCCCCAAUACGAGACGCCAUUUCCAGGAUCCGAUUCUCCCCGCAUUCCAACAAUCUCCUCAUUUCUUCCUCGGACUGCAAACUCCGUUUGUACGACAUUCAACGCUCUGAGCUAAUACUAGAAUCGCCAGGGGAGGCUGCCCUUCUGGAUUGUUGUUUUCAAAGUGAUUCUGUGGCUUUCAGUGCAGCUUCUGAUGGUUCUGUGCACAGGACAUAAAUCUGCAAUAGGGAAUCAUGACCAUAUGGCAACUUUUGUUGAGUUUUCUCCUGAAACAUGUCAAUUAAUUACUGCUGGUUGGGAUAGGAACAUACUCUUCUGGGAUGCACGGUCGGUGAAAUCUGUUGGAUGCUUGAACAAUCUAACAUCAGAGGCAGAGUCUAUGACACUCUCUGACUCCAGUUUGGUGGUUGCUAUUGAUUCAUCUGUAAUCAUUUAUGAUCUUCGCACCCUUAGGAAACUGGUUCACCGAAAAGAUGUCCAAAUUAAAUGUGUCCAAAUUAAAAGACUCUAUUCUUAGUUCUGAAGGUAUUGUGCCAUUAAUCUAGUACCAUCUAGACAAGUAAGACUUUAUAAAUGUUGACAUACACUAUUGUUAUAACUAGUGUGACUGGUUAUAACAAAGUUAUAACCAGCGGACAUAAUCCUCUCCCGACAGAAUUGUAUAUUUAAUAAAUGAAAUUAACUAUGAUAAAAACAAUUAUUAUUAAUAAAAAAAUCGGUUCGGUUCGGUCCAAACCGGUAUUUUGAGG